AUGAGUCGCGCAGGAUCGUUUCGCUCUGGAGCAGCGGAUCUGAGUCGAUCUCAGUUGGCGCCUCGUAUGCCCACAGGAGGGACUGCAAAUGAACAUCUGGCCCGCACUCUUAAGGAGACAACGAAUGCAACCUGCGGUGAUAGAUACAGAGGAGACUUUCAGGACGACAUGCGGCAUGGGAUUGGAGAGCUGGAGACAGCGUCUGGCGAGUCAUACCAAGGUGAGUUCAAGCACAACGUGCGUUCAGGAUAUGGGACUUGCCGGUAUCCGGAUACAACCAUUUACAAGGGUAACUGGCAAAAUGACUUUCCACAUGGCAAGGGGGAAGUCCAAUUACCCAACGGAGACAUCUUCGAAGGCAAUUUCUGUGAGGGCCGAAGGAGUGAUGGCCACGGUAGCCUUAAAUAUGCAUCGGGAGAACGCUACGUCGGUAACUUCCGGGACGAGGUUCCUGAUGGAGAGGGCACGUGUGAGUUUGCCGACGGAAGCCGGUACGAGGGCGAAUGGGUCAAGGGCCUUAUGUGCGGCCAAGGCAAGCUCUUUCUUGUCAACGGAGCCAUAUACAGUGGCGACUUUCUCAAUUGUAAGCGGCAUGGCACUGGCACUAUGGUAGACGGCAACUCCCGAUACCAAGGCGAGUGGGUAGAUGAUAAACGCAAUGGCCGAGGAACCAUGCUGUACGCGCCCGAUCCAGGCGAGGAACAGGGAGGUACAUACACGGGUCAAUGGUGCAAUGAUUGUCGGUCUGGAACCGGAACUAUGAAGUACACCGAUGGCUCUGUCUAUGAAGGAAGGUGGAACAAUGAUAGGCGGCAUGGACCUGGUGUCCUGACUCUUCCUGAUGGAACACGGUGGGUAGGAGAGUUCAGGAACGACGAGAUUCUUGGCGAACGGGUCCGUAUAGAGUUUACAGAUGGCAGUGUCUAUGAGGGCGGGUUUCGCAAUGGCUUUGCUCAUGGGAGUGGGUCCAUUCAAUACUCAGAUGGGACACGCUUUACAGGUGAGUUCUUUGAAGGGAACAAAUGUGGCCAAGGCACCCAGGUGCGCGCAAAUGGAGAGACAUAUUCAGGUCAUUACAAUGGCGACAAGAGAGCUGGCCGAGGAACGUGCCGCUAUCCAGAUGGCAGUGUUUACAGAGGCGAGUGGCUCAACGAUGUGCGCGAAGGCAAUGGAACCUUCGAGGAGGCUAAUGGAUGCAAGUACGAAGGGGCCUGGAAGGAUGACCAGAGAAACGGCCAAGGAAUUCAGUAUUACGAGGAUGGGUCCGUCUACACGGGGUCCUUUGCUAAUAAUCUUCGUGAAGGCACUGGCAUCUGCAAGUACUCCGAUGGGAGCGUUUACGAAGGAUCGUGGCAUAAUGAUGUUAAGCAUGGUCAUGGAAGCUCGUUGCAGAGCUCUGUGAUCCCUGGAACGGUGCCACUUACGCAGAUGGGGACGAACCAAGGACUUGAGUCAGCUUCCACAGCUGCUAUUUCGAUGGCAGGGACCAUGGAAAAAGCUCUGUCAGGCUCUAAAGCGCGCCUUGGGGCGAGUUCUUUGAUUACAGGGGUCAGCGUGCAUCCCGCGCCUUCCCGCUUCUUACAGCUGAGUAAUAACACGCUAGCUCCAGCCAAUCGGCUCGCCAGUUCAGGCGGCAUUCGCGGGGCCCUGGGAUACCGUGAUCCGAUGAAGCGACCCUCUGAUGGACUAGGAAGGGUUCCAAAGUAG